GCCAUAUUUGGGUGUUGUGUGUGAUUAGUGUGUGUUUAGUGUGUCGUCAAUGCCGUCAAAGUGUUGUAGUGUUGUAUGUGUUGUAAGUGUUGUUCAAUCAGUCAAUGCAUUGCUUUGUCUGAGUUGUGGUUACGUCUGAAUCACUGAAUCACUGAAUUGAGUAUCGAUUGAGUGAUUGAUUGAAUUGUAUUAAAUAGUGCUGAAGAUGUCGUGGCAGACAUAUGUGGACAAUCAGAUCUGUGCUCAGGUGUCGUGUAAAUUAGCGGUGAUCGCAGGUCUGGCCGACGGUCAGAUUUGGGCCAAAUUCGAGAAGGAUGUCUCACAACCGGUAUCACAACAAGAACUGAAAGCAAUAGCCGACGCUUUGAAAGAUAAUCCCAAUUCAUUUCAAGAACACGGCAUACAUUUGGCCGGAGAGAAGUACUUCUGUCUUCAAGCGGACAAUACUUUAAUUCGCGGCCGAAAGGGUAGUUCGGCGCUGUGUAUUGUGGCCACCAAUACAUGUCUAUUAUGUGCGGCCACUACCGAUGGCUUCCCGCCGGGACAACUGAAUACAGUGGUCGAGAAAUUAGGAGAUUAUUUGCGGGCAAACAACUACUGAUUGAUUAAUUAAUUAAUGCAUUGUUUUAUUAAAAUUUUAUUAAAAAAGCGAUUUUCAAAUAAUGUAAAUUUUCGUCGUUUGGAUCCAAAUAUUACUCUUUUUAUGUUUUAAUUAAUUAAAUGAGUCAUAAAUUAUUGCUUUUUAUUGUAAAACAGUCGGUCGGACUCACAAUUAUGUAAAAGUUUUGAAGAUAUGUUGGAUUAAAGUUUUAUUCAUUAAUUAAUU